AUGUAUGAAGCAAGCCAAGGCACUGGACUGUAUAGUCUCUUCCCGCCAUUAAAGUUUCUUUCUGUGAUUUUUGCUCUUGAUUUACCCAUGGCCAUGUCCUAUGCUCCAGACAGAGCUUCGGGGAAGAUCAAGUUGUUUUUCAAGGCCAUGGGCCAAAUGGUUCCUGUUAAGGCGGUGUAUGGAGAUACCGUGCUGGAAACAGCACACAAGAACGGUGUGAAUCUUGAAGGAGCCUGCGAAGGAAACCUAGCAUGUUCAACAUGCCAUGUAAUUCUAGAGGAGUCUCUGUAUAAAAGGCUCGGAGAGCCCUCUGAUAAAGAGUAUGACCUCAUAGAUCAAGCGUUUGGAGGUACAAGCACUUCAAGAUUGGGAUGCCAGUUAAAAGUAGACAAAAAUUUCGAGAAUGCUGUUCUCACGAUUCCUAGAGCUACGAAGAACAUGGCUGUGGACGGAUUUAAGCCUGAACCUCAUUAA